UCUUUUUGGGCUUAGAACAAAGGCAACCGCGAACGCGAGUGGUUAACAUAAGAUCGCUCUUCCUUCUUUUUUUUCAUAUUUUUUAAUAGUUUCCCAAGGAUACCGGGAAAUCCAACACCCCACCCCCCAGUGAAGUGUGUGCCAUGCAAAUAGAAAUGUGGCUUAAAUUUGUGAUCACUCUAAUCCUGGCCGGCUCCAAGCUCUCCAACGCCUUCUGGUGGCCAAAGACAACAACGGAAACCAGGGAGCCCAGUGGUGGCCACCAAAUGAUGCAGCAAAUCCCGCUUACCUACUUCCGAACCUACACCUACCAGCCGUUGGCUCCCGGAUUCUUUGGCUUUGGAGCUGCACAGACUCCUUUGCUGCCCGGAGCCCAGUAUGAUCCGUAUGCGGUGACCAGUUAUGCGGCUGCCCGGCGACAUGACUCGGUUUCCAGGCAGGAGGUAACUGCUCCGACGGGAUUGAUCAGUACUAGUACUAGCACCACUCCAGCGCCAACAACAACCACAACGACCAGCACAACGACAACCACGCCGGCACCAACAACUACGACUAGUACUACCACGACUACCACCAGUACAACGCCUGCACCACCACCACCACCACCACCAUCAGCUCACCCUCAGUCCACCAGCUCUAGUUUCUCCGAUGGAUCCACUUCGACCUUAAUGCGCUUCGGCGAGUAUCCGACGUACAACCGCCGAGUGAGCAAUCUGUACAAUGCCAGGCCCCAGUAUCCGUAUCCGGACUACUUCAACUACCAGCCACAGCAGCAGCAGCAGAGUGUGGUGUCGGAGCCAGGGUCCUCCAGCGGCAGUCGCAUCCAAUUUGUGCCCUGCAUGUGCCCUGUGAGUAUGCCCAGUUUGGUCUCAUCCUCGACAGCGGCCACAUCGUCUCCUCAUCUGGCCACUGCAUCCUCUUCGUUUGCAUCCCAGCCGGCAGCUCGUCACAUCGAGAGACAGGAAUUGGAAGCGGAAGCUGAUGGCGAGACAGAAAGCGAGGGAGAGGAGGAGGACGAUGAGGAACUGGAGGAGGGCGCCACCAAGGCCCAGCCGGAAACGCAGGAUAUGACCUCAGACAGUCCAGUUUAGAUCAGCCUCCUUAGUAUUAAGCCAAUCUGGGUCGAUGGACUCCUGACUUCUGAGUAAAUGCCUGCCGAAAG